AUGAGAAGAGGCUGUUUAGUUCUUCAGAAGAAUAUACAAUCAUUAUGGGCAGUUUGGAAACAAUGCCAUUCAACAGCAGCUUUGUAUGUUCAUUGGCCUUAUUGUAAAAGGAGGUGUACCUACUGCAAUUUUAACAAAUAUGUUGACAAAUCUGUUGAUCACCAGCGUAUGAAGGCAUGUCUGAUCAAGGAAGCAGAAACACUCAUGGGCAUGGCUGGUGUUAUAGAAAUCACCUCAGUGUUUUUCGGUGGAGGCACUCCAAGUCUGGCAAAGCCAGAGACCAUUGAAUAUUUUUUAGAUGCAGUUUGUCACAGAGCUUUCAUAUCAGACAAGUCAGAAAUUAGCAUGGAAAUUAAUCCAACCUCUCUGGAAAUAGAAAAUUUAAGGUUGUUUAAAGGUGCUGGAGUUAAUAGAGUGUCUAUAGGAGUACAGACUCUGAAUAAAACAGGUCUGCAGAUCCUCGGUAGAGACCACACAGCUUAUGAGAGUUUAAGAUGUUUGGAAAUGGCAAAAGUUCUAUUUCCUGGCCGUGUGUCUGUGGAUUUAAUUUUUGGCUGGCCGGGACAGACUUUGGAUAUGUGGUUGGCAGAGCUUGACCAAGUGAUCUCUUACUGUGACAAUCACGUAUCACUGUACCAGCUAACCCUUGAGAGAGGAACACAACUCUUCAAGCAAAUUCAGAGUGGACAUUUGAUAUCAGUUGAUCCCUCAGUUGUGGAAGACAUGUACCUUCAGGCUGUAAAAAUGUUGGCUGGUAGAGGUUUCGAAAGAUAUGAAGUCUCUAACUUUGCAAGACAUAACAGCUACAGUCAACAUAAUCUGUCGUACUGGACAGGUCAUCAGUAUAUUGGAGUAGGACCAGGUGCGCAUGGAAGAUUCAAACCUGUAAACAAGGAGUGUAGAGAAGCAAGAAUCCAGACUCUUGAGCCAAACAAUUGGAUGUUGGAAAUAGAACAUUGUGGCCAUGCAACACGAAAGUCAUCUGCAUUAAGUAUACUACAGCAGUUAGAAGAGCUGCUUGCUGUUGGUCUUCGAAUUAAGUGGGGAAUUACCAGUGAUGUCAGGUCUAGGAAAUACCCAGAAAGGAGUUUUGCAGAAAUGCUUCUGCCAUCAUCACGUGUGGAAGAUUUAGUUCAUCAAGGGCUUCUCAUAUUUAAUGAUGAUAUUACAGGAAG